ACUGUGCGCGUGGGUGAGCGCUCUGAAUUAUACUAGCGCGUCUCUCACACGGAGACAGUGGGACAGCUCUGGAUCGGAGAUCUGAGAAAGGGAUAUCAUCUAUCUUAUAUCUUAUGCGUGAGGACGGAAUACUCGCUGCAAAAAGAGACACGUUUCAUCUGGUCGCAUUUUGCCGCUGUAACUUUUGACUCCUACCUGGACUGCCAGCUAACUGUGACUAAAGAGGCCACCAUGAGCCAGGAGGGGCAGGAUGACCCCCUCCACAUAGACACCCCACCUCCAAAUACACCACCAGAGCCACAGCAAGAUACAGACAGCCCUGAGACUGUAAGUGUGGAAAAGGAGACAGAGGAGACUGGAAUUCAGGAGGAUGCUGCAGAGAACAGGGAUGCAGGAGAGACAGAAACAUUGUCAGGGGGAGCAUGGCCAGAUGAGAUAAAUAAGGAUACACUGACUAAUGGAGCUGAGGAGGAGGAGAGGAGAAAAGAGGAAGAGCAGGUCAAAGAUGGUGCUGGGAAGAACGGGGAGACGGAACAUAGCAAUGGAGAUAUCGUUGAGUGUGCGGGCUGUGAUGACCCCCUGCCUCAGUUAGAGAAUUCAGCAGAACCAGAGCACGCUGUAAGUUUGGAGAACGGUACCAGAGAGGACAGCGAAGGACAGGAGGAAGAGCAGGACUGUGAUAAAGAGCCAGGACAGGGGAACCUGGACACAUUCAGUUCCACCUUCGAGCUUUCAGUCGAAGAGGCAGAUGCAGAGAUAGACGGAGAAGAUGAGCCAUUGAACCAGGACAGCUUCAGCUCAGCAUUCGAGCGCAUUGUUGAGCAGGUUGGCCAGUCCACAUCAGUCCAGGAAGAGGAGGAGGAGGAGGAGGAGGACGGCGAGGACGAGCGCGACAGGACUAAAGAGAGCCAGGACGGCUUCAGCUCUACGUUCGAGCGCAUCGUGGAGUCGGAGCUGCUGAGGGGCGGGACCUGCUACAGCAGCCUGGAUUCACUGGACGUGCUGUCGCUCACGGACGAGACAGACAGCUGCGUGAGCUUCGAGGCACCGCUCACACCGCUCAUCCAGCAGAGGGCACUGGCGGGGCCUGAGCCCCCGGAGCUGGAGCUGGAGACUGUGCAGGAGAGCGCUGAGACGCAGGAGGGGGAGGGAGAUGGGGACGAAGCUGGAUCAGACAGUCCCCUCCACACCUCCAUCCCAGGCAGCAGGUCUGAAAAUGUGCUGAGCCAGCCAGCGCAGUGGAGCAUUCCCAAUGGAUUCCACAAUGAUCUGGCAGGCAACGUUCAAAAGACAGCAAUCCUCCCCAGCUCUGUCAGGUAA